AUGGUUGCUGAUAAAGCCACGGAGUCUAAACCACUGCCGAGUCGCGCUGCGAAAUCGAAACAUUCGCUCAUAAGGGUCGGCUCCAGCAAGACUAGUCCCAAAUUUGCUACACCUCAAAAGAAGAGGGCAAAAAUUGUCCGCUUUACAACCGAUGACUUCACUUGGCAGUGUUGGCAGUGUCUAAGUGCCUUCUCAAAUAACGUUGAUCUGGUUGAGCACUUAAAGUCUUGUGACUCUCGAAAUGCUGGAGAAGGAGAAGUCAUCCUUGCCAUCGAUGACUCCCUGCCUGGAUGUCCUUUUUGUCCCCGUGAUGGUUGUCAGGCUGAAUCGAAGCCAUAUUACUUCCAAGAUUUCGACACUCACGUAGAGAGGCAUCAUGCAGAUGUGAAAAAACUCUCCUGUCCCUAUUGUACUGAGAAAAUCGCAUCCCCUCGUCUCCAAGCCCUCACUUUUCACAUUCUCACUGAUCACCAGAUUCACUGGAGACCGAGUCCAGCCUCAAUGGUAUACCAGCGAAUCGAUGAUGUGGUGCAUCGUGUAGUAACUUGUCUCGGCUGUGGUUGGUGUACCUUUGUGCUGCGUGCCCAGGACGCUGUACAGCCGCCUGCUUCACUGGCCUCUCACAUGUCGCGUUGCGCCGGUCGUGGCGGUCGCCUCUCGGUGCCUCGUCUGCCCCCAACUCCCCGGCGUUCCACAAAAAAGUUCACUCGCACCUUCGUCAACGACCUGACCACUCAAUCAACUCUGGCCGGGGAUGCCUUUGCUGCGCGCUUCCCCACUGUCCGGGGCUUCGCGUCGCCACUGACACCGUCUUCGACCGACACGGAGGCAGUCACCGUCAAACGACUGAAAUACCAGUCUCCUCUGAAAAAGGUUUCCCCUCCGCUUCCACCUCCUCUUUCCUUACCUUCACCCAUUUCCCCCGUUUUGCCGCCUGAAGUCAAACCUCCGGAAAACCCUCCUACGGAAUCUGAACAAUCACCGAAACCUGAAAGCGCAUUAACAAACGGAAAUUCCCUCGCUGACGAAUCGGAGCCGCCCUCUACAUCACUGGAACCCCAAGCGCCACAACGAAAGAAGCCAAAAUCUGUGUCGGCCGCUCGCUCCUCCGCGACCCCCCGCAACCAGUUUGUCCCGCCGGGUGUCUUCGACGUGCCUCUCGACCUGCCUCCGUCCCCACCGAAGCCAUCUUCGGGUAGUUCGACUCCCAGCGACAGGAGUGCCAACAAGAAGGCCGGCGUCUCUCGUGUCUACGUGUGCCCGAUCUGCGGGGACAAUGCGCUUGCGAGUUUGCGAGAACGCGACAAACACCUUCAGUCAGAACACACCGGAGAGCUUGUCUUUCCUUGUCAACUUUGCGGAAUGGCCUACCCGGUGUACAUCGCGUUGCGUCGUCACGCCGUGCUGAAACACAACGCCAACUACGACGCGGUGCUUUACGGCCAGCCCGACAUGGAUCCUGUGGAGUGUCCCUACUGCGAGUUGGUGGCCUUCACGAGUCCCGAGGUGUUGCAGCUGCAUCUCGCCAAGAUUCACCCCGAACAGUUCCAGCAGCAGACCGUCGUCUCAGCGGUCGCUUCUGCGCUCGCUGGAGAUGAAUCCGACGACAUCAACGACAAGGACUGGACGGAGAGCGGCAAACAGCCUUCUUCGGCAGCGACAGCGGCGGCAACGCCAGCUCACUCCACUGCCACCGCUGGCGUGAGUUCCAGUGGAGAUAAGCUACAUAGUAAGGGGAGGAGAGGGCGUCCGAGGACUAGACCUUACACACCGGCGGAUCUUCUUGACAAUCCAGACCUCUUGGAGAGAGUGGAGUCCUCGCUUCAGAUGCGUCAGGCCAUCGCACCAGGUAGACGUGGCCGUGGAAGAGGUCGAGGUCGCGGCGGCGGCGGCGGUGGACGAGGUCGGAGACCGAGGGCAGCAUCACUGUUGGGCGCGGCUGUGCCUUCUCCACCGGCGACGGUUGGCAGCAGCCAGCAGCCUGCCGAGGAGACAAGCGACGCCUGCGCCAUUCUCACCGACGCCGAUGGCCAUCCGAUCGACGACGCGUCGGUGGUGUCCAGUAGCGCUGCUUUGCAAGCACCCCCGCCGAACGCCGUCAGUGCUCUCGAAGCGGUUCUCGCCCAGACCUUGCCCGACCACGCGCCAGUCUGUUGCCGUCUCUGCGGCCCUGAGGUUCAAAUCGUUCUUGACAACGCUAAAGAACUCUGCAUUCACAUGGAGCUGGACCACAAUCCAGCGUCGGAUUGCGAACAGCUCGGUUGCCAGGCCUGCGGACGCAUUUUCUUCGGUCCGCACCACCGCGCAGACCUAAUCGGACACUUUCGAGUCGUCCAUCAGCUGCAGGAAGCGGCCCUCUCCUGCCCCAACCACGAGCCCGUCGAGCUGCUCUCCACCUCGGGCCAUGGGGAGGAUCAGCUGAAGAUCACGGGCGGCGGGUGUCUGGCCAAGUUCACGUCGGCGCGUCUGCGCGACAGCCACCUGCUUGUGACCGGUGUGCCGGGGUGGUCUUGUCCGCUGCACUUGGAGAACGAGACGGUUCAGGCGAUGACGGUGGCUGAGACCGUUGCUGCCAACCCACCCCUCGACACCAUGGUUCUGGCCACGGAAAUCGCCGCCGACGCUGCUGGACAGAUGGUUCUUGCCUACGGUUGCCCUCUCUGUUCUCGAGUCUUCACUGGCGAGAACUGCACGGCAAGAUACCACGCCCACCAAUCGCAGUGCGGUGUUCGCGUAGCGGAGCAGUCUAUGGUCGUCGAGAACCCGGACACCACCGAGGCUCCGCUUGUGGAGGAUCAGCCUCCACCAGCCACAGAAACCCAGUAG